AUGUCACAUUCUCGUCGAGGACGGGAUCAUGGGCGGGGACACGGAGCGGGGCGCUCCGAGCCCGGUCGUGAGGUAGUUGUGUCCAAGGCGUUGAGCUACAUCUUACGACACGCAGCGGAGAGAGAAGGGGUGAAAAUCGACAGUCAUGGUUAUGCGAACGUGGCUGAUGUGCUAGCCUGGAGAAAACUAAAAUCCCUAAAAGUCACUUUCCCCGAAAUCCUAAACGCCGUCCACACCUCCGACAAGCAACGGUUCGGCCUGUUAUAUAAACCUCCUCCACAACCACACGAUGAGACAACUACAAUAGCGCCCACAGACCCAUGCGAACAAGAUAGCCAUGGCUCUACCACCACCACCACCACCACCACUACAGCCUCAGCCGCAGCUGCCGCUGCCGCUGCCGCAACCGCAACCGCGACCGCAUCUGCUACCGCCCAAGCCCUAGCCGCCAACGAUCCGGAACCAUCCCACUACCUAAUCCGCGCCACACAAGGCCACAGCAUAAAAGCCGUCGAAGCCGCCUCCCUCCUCCAAAGACUCACCCUCACACCCUCCAACGGCACGGGCGGCGAUGACCACCACCUCUCUUCCUCCGCCCCUCCGCUCCCAGACAACGUCGUACACGGCACGUACCACGCCGCCUGGCCGUCGAUACUCGCCGACGGCGGCCUGAGAUGCAUGAGUAGGAACCACAUACAUUUCGCCACGGGACCGGCGCUGGCCAGCGUAUUACCGGAGGGGCGCGAAGGGUCUGUUGCAGUCACGCCGCCUGGUCGUGGUGUUCUGGGUGGUGGUGCUGGAGGGGUUAUUUCCGGGAUGCGAGCUGAUGCGCAGAUACUGAUAUAUAUUGAUUUGAAGAGGGCGUUGGCGGCGGGCGUGCCGUUUUGGAGGAGUGAGAAUGGGGUUAUUUUGAGUGAGGGGGUGGAUAUAAUGGGGGUGGGAACGGAGGCCGGUGGGAGGAAGGGGGUUGGGGUGGAGUUUUUUGAUAUUGUUGUGGAGCGAAAGAAUGGGCUGGGGGUGUUGUGGGAUAGGGAGAAGGGGGGACUGGUGCAGGAGACGCCGGAGUGGAUGUUGAAGGCAAAGAAUCCGAAGGGCGGGGCGGGGAGGGGUGGUGCGAGAGGAAAGGGGAAAAGGGGAGCUCCUAGGCUUAGGGUUGAGGGGGAGAUGGAUGUUAUUGGGGCGAACGAUAUAUGA